AUGUGUGGCUUUGUUGCGAGCUGCGUCUGCAGCGUGGCCGAGGAUAACAGUGACAUUCACGGCCACGUCAUUGGCAAGACGCAACGUCACCUAGAAGCAAAGAAGAAGGCAAAUGGCUUCGAAAAUGGCGUAAGUGGAGUUGCGAAUGGAGCCAAUGCCCACGCGAACGGUGUCAAUGGACACUCGAAUGGCAUAAAUGGCACCACUGGCACAAAUGGAACAAACAACCACAUUCCCAUUUCCAACGGCCACAAACUCAACGGCCACUUUGAUGGCUUCUUUGACGGUUACUUCCGUGGACACAUCAAAGGCUAUCUCAACGGCCAGACCGGCCAGACCGGCCAGCUCACCGACGACACGCUCGGUGACGAAUGGACCGAUGUAGUCAAGCCCACCACCAACGGCGACGCCCUCCAGACCCUCAAGGCCAUCAACGGCGCCAAAGAGGCCGCCGGCACCGCGGCGCGCGAGGCGCUCGCCAAGCAGAUCCAAGCCGGCGUCGACGCCAUCAAGCACCGCGGCCCGGACGGCUCCGGCGUCUGGAUCAGCCCCGACGCCCGCGUCGGCCUCGGCCACUGCCGGCUGUCCAUCAACGACCUGUCCCCCAGCGGCGCGCAGCCGCUGCACUCGGACGACGGCCACAUCCACGCCGUCGUCAACGGCGAGAUCUACGACUUUGACCGCCUCCGCCAGGUCUGCAUCGACGAGCACGGCUACCGCUUCACCGGCAGCAGCGACAGCGAGCUCGUCAUCGCGCUCUACAAGAUCCACGGCGCCCCCGCCUUCCUCGAGCACCUGCGCGGCGAGUACGCCUUUGUGCUGUACGACGAGCUCGCCAAAAAGGUCAUUGCCGGCCGCGACCGCUUCGGCAUCAAGCCCCUCGUGUGGACCGUCCUCGGCAACAGGGUCGUCUUCUCCGCAGAGGCCAAGGCCUUUUUGCCGCUCGGGUGGAAGCCCGAGUGGAACGUGCGCGGCAUCACGGACAGCGGCUGGAUGAUGGACGACCGCACCGUCUUCAAAGGCGUGCGGAAGCUCAUGCCCGGCCACUGGAUGGAGGUGACGGAGGAAAAGGGCGUCGAGAUUCACAAGUACUGGGAUGCCGAGUAUCCGGACAAGACCAAGCCGGAUCCUCGCAGCAUCGAGGAAAUGGUUGCCGGAGUGCGCGAGCGACUCGUCGAGUCCAUUCGUCUCCGUCUGCGCGCCGACGUGCCUGUUGGUAUCUAUCUUUCUGGCGGCAUUGAUUCCUCCGCGGUAGCCGGCAUCGUCACCGAUCUGGCACGAAAGCAACAUGUCAAGAUUGGCAGUGAGCAGGCCACCCGCGUCGCCUGCUUCAGCGUACGCUUCCCUCGCGAGUCAGGCUACGAUGAGUCUGACAUUGCCGACCGAACCGCAGAGUUUCUGGGCGUCAAAAUCCACAAGAUUGAUGUCGACGAGCAGCGCAUGGCCGACGACUUCUCCGACGCGGCCUACCACUGCGAGCACCACCACUUUGACCUCAACACGGUAGCCAAGUUUGCGCUCUCCACGCUCCCGCGCGAGCACGGCAUCAAGGUCGUGCUGACCGGAGAGGGCUCCGACGAGCACUUUUCCGGGUACCCGUACUUCCCCGCCGAGUUCCUGCGCGCGCGCGACGGCGGCAUGCCCGACUCGAUCCUGUCGCAGAACUCAGCGCUGCGCGAGGAGCUGCAACAGUCGGCGAGCGCCGAGAUGAACGCGGUGUGGCGGUCGCAGGGCGCGGCCGAGUACGAGGGCGCGUCCGACUCGCCGCUGCUGGCCGACGCCGUCGGCAACACGAUGCCCGAGUCGCUGCUCGCGUGGCACCCGGCCAACAGCCUCUUCCAGGGCUGGGUGCAGGACCAGUACCAAGGCCGGUGGGACAUGCGGGACACGGUCAUGGCCGGGCACUCGGACGAGGUGCGCGCCAAGAUGCGCGACCGCUGGCAUCCCGCGCACACGGCCAUGUACAUGUGGAACAAGAGCACCCUCAUCAACGUCAUCCUGUCCUGCCUCGGCGACCGCACCGAGAUGGCGCACAGCAUCGAGGCCCGCACCCCGUUCCUCGACCACCACCUCGCCGAGUACGUCAACUCGCUGCCGCCCAGCACCAAGCUCAACUACAUGCCGCCCACCGACGCCGCCGGCGAGGACAAGGUCGACAACUUUUGGUGGAAGUCGGCCGGCAAGGCCCUGCGCCAAAUCUCCGAAAAGUGGAUUCUCCGCGAGGCCGCCCGCCCGUACAUCACCGACGAGCUCUACAACCGGAGGAAGCUCCCGUUCCUCGCCCCGGCGAGGUGGCCCGCCGACGGACCCCUCCACAACAUGUUCAAGAAGCUGCUGACCCGCGAGGCCGUGGAGAACCUGGGCUUCGUCGACUACGACGUGGUCGAGCAGGCGCUCGGAAACGCCUUUGGCGAGAAUGCCCAGUCGACGGCGUUCCGCAUCCUGGCCUACACUGGUGGCUGGGUGACGCUCUCGCAGCGCUUUGGUGUGAAGAAGGCCACGGUGACGGAGAACGGCUGGCUCUAA